CUGGACUAAUGUUUGCCCUACCCACAAGCAACAUACCAAAAGUAAUUUCAGCCUUCGCUUUUCUAUGUUUGCUGUGCAUAAUCUUGUUCGAGAACGAACUUUUUGCGGAAGUGAAUCGACGAUACCGCUCAAAGCGAUUCGUGACAAAGGCUGAAUUGAAAAUCGACAAAACCGUUUUCGGAAAAGAUGUGAAAGCCAAAAACGCACAAAAAACGAAUCCAAAUUUGCCACUCGUGUUUUACUACAGCAUAAACCCGAAGGAUUACAAAUUAAACGAAUCAUGCGCUUACCUGACGAAUCCGAUGGACAUCAGUUUCAACAACGUGUACUGGCAAGUGCAGAAAAUGACCAACGACAUUUACUACCUAUUCGGCGCCUAUUUUGAUAACCGUAAGUUGAACGGUGUUGGACCGGUGGUGCGUGUCAUGGGACUUUUGCAACAUUGGGAGCCAAAGGUCAAACCCUUUUGCCAAAUGUGGUUCAACAAUCAGACGACGCCGGUCAUCACGCAAGUUUUCAGUUUCAACAUGUUGUGGAACCAUUUCUGGGGUCCAGAGGCCAAUAUAAUGCAGCCCUACUUCAUCACCUGCAAAGUUCCGCCCUCGAUGAAUGGGUCGGUGCCGGUGGCCGUAUCUGUUGUUGAGCAGCCAUGCGAAAACGCAACCAACCUCCUACGCGUCAUCUACGACCCCUUGCCUCCUGGGCAGGAGCAAAAAGAUUUCGCCGUUUGCGCCAAAGGCCUAUUUUACAAACACAACCCAAACAUGGCCGUGAGAAUCGUCGAGUGGGUCGAACUGCUGAAGAUUCUGGGUGCGGAGAAAAUUGGUCUCUACUACUACCACAUCCACGAAAACAUCACUAAAGUGUUUAACUAUUAUGAGGAGAGUGGAUUUAUGGACGUUGGUCAAGUAACUGUGCCAGGGAAAUAUCCAAAUGCUCCCGACUUGGUUGCUGGCUUUCUAGAAACUCACCGCAGGUUCGAAUUUAUUCUUGAAGUGAUCCACUAUACGGACUGCAUGUACCAUAAAAUGUAUCGGUAUAAAUUUAUAGCGAUUCUGGACGUUGAUGAAGUUAUUGUGCCACAUAGUGCGAACACUUGGCGGGAGAUGCUAUUUCAAAAGGUUUUUCCUCGGCUCGAAGCCAAGGCUAAAAACUCAUCUUUGUCUUAUGCGGCCUUCGCAGCCAGAAACGCUUACUUCAUUGACCAGCUUACGGAGCAGAAGCAGUUGUACCCUGACAUUCCACAGUAUCUUCACAUGUUGCAAAACGUGCAUCGCAACAGCUUCAUCUAUCCAGCAGGUUAUCAGCCUGGUUACGUCAACGUCAAGUGCUUUCAUAACCCUCAGCAUGUCCUCGUCCCGCACAAUCACUACCCCAUUUACUGCUUCAACGACGUCGCGACCAAUUGCACCAAGUACGAUUUCGAUUUGGGCGACGCUCUUCUUCAUCACUACUGCACCGGUAGGUCCAGGACGGACUGUGAAACCACGGACACGACCAAGAUGGUGAUCGACGCCUCCAUCUGGAGGUACAAGGAAAAGCUCAUACAGCGGACCACAGAGGUUUUAGUCGAUAUUGGAAUCAUUGGAAGGAAAGACGCCAUCGAACAUUUUGAUCCUCAUUUUUUAUCGCCAUCAACAACAAGAAAUCCAUAAAAGUUGUGAAUUUAAAAAUUUAGUUGCCUUUGAAAAUUUGAUACAAUAAUGGGACAAAAAAAUAGCCCAAUUUGGAACCAAAAGUUGCAAGUUUUUUUGAUAGAUUCUUGGACGAAAAAUUUUAUUUAAUUGAAGAUCCAAGAUUGAUUGGAAAAAGAAAAAAUAAUUUUGCAAUUUAAAAUAUUUUUUGACUGAAUUUGAUAUAAAAUUGACGUUAAUUUCUAUUUGUGAGGAAAAACUUCCAACACAUAACUUGCCGAUUAGAAUUAUUGCAAUUUUUCUCAAUAAAAACCAUAGUAUUAGAAAAUUUAAAUGCGUGGCUGGAUUUUUUUUUAAGGAAAAUUGAAUCUUAAAAAAUUGGAGUUCCUAGAAAAUUGGAAUAAAAUAAUUUGGACAUCCUGAUUUUCAAAAGAAAAGAUGAUGUUUGACCACUGUUGUGUUCUAAAA